GGUCGCCGCGCGCUCGCUCCCUCCCUCCGCCCCUUGCUUACAAGACCUAAUGAGCUCCCCCGGGAGGCCGAGCUGCGAUCCCGGCCGGGAGCUAGGAGGCUGCGCCGCACGCACGGUGCCAGGGCCGGAGCCAGGCCUGGGCAGCGGGCGGGAAGCGGCGGGGGACUCACCAGCUGCGCCGCCGGCCGCGGGAGAGCCGCGGCGAUGGCGGUGCAGGCGGCGCUCCUCAGCACACACCCGUUCGUCCCCUUCGGCUUUGGGGGCUCCCCAGACGGGCUGGGGGGCGCCUUCGGAGCCCUGGACAAGGGCUGCUGUUUCGAAGACGACGAGACCGGGACGCCGGCGGCCGCGCUGCUGGCGGGCACCGAGGGCGGCGACGUGCGCGAAGCCACCCGCGACCUGCUCAGCUUCAUCGACUCGGCGUCCAGCAACAUCAAGCUAGCGCUGGACAAGCCGGGCAAGUCGAAGCGGAAGGUGAACCACCGCAAGUACCUGCAGAAGCAGAUCAAGCGAUGCAGCGGCCUCAUGGGCGCCGCGACCCCGGGACCGCCCUCCCCAGGCGCCGCCGACACGCCUGCUAAGCGGGCGCUCACCGCCCCCAGCGCUCAGACGGUCGCGAUCCCGGCGCACGGGAAGGCGGCCCCUCGGCGAGAAGCGUCGCAGGCCGCAGCGGCCGCCAGCUUGCAAAGCAGAAGCCUGGCCGCGCUCUUCGACUCGCUUCGCCACGUUCCCGGAGGCGCCGAGCCGGCGGGGGGUUCGGUGGCGGCGCCGGCGUCCAGGCUCUGCGGAGCGGGAGCUGGGGGCGCAGGAGGGGACGCGACUGGCCCUGCAGGGGGCUCGGCGGUCCCUGGCUCCAGGAAGGUUCCGCUGCGGGCCCGCAACCUGCCCCCGUCCUUCUUCACUGAGCCGUCCCGGGCGGGCAGCGGCGGCUGCGGCCCGUCGGGUCCCGGCAUGAGCUUGGGCGACCUGGAAAAGGGCGCCGAGACCGUAGAGUUCUUCGAGCUGCUGGGGCCCGACUACGGCGCCGGCACAGAGGCGGGCGUCUUGCUCGCCGCGGAGCCUCUCGAUGUGUUCCCCACCGGAGCCUCAGUCCUGCGGGGACCCCCAGAGCUGGAGCCCGGCCUCUUUGAGCCGCCGCCGGCAAUGGUGGGGAGCCUACUGUACCCCGAGCCCUGGAGCGCUCCGGGCUGCCCCCCGACCAAGAAGCAGUCCCUGACUGCUCCCCGCGGCAGCUCGACCUUGAACGAGCCCUUGCGCCCCUUGUACCCCGCCACCGCGGACUCUCCGAGCGGGGAGGAUGCACCUGGUCUUUUGGCCUCUUUUGCCUCCUUCUUCUCAGACUGCGCUCUGCCCCCGCCGCCACCACCCCACCAAGUGUCCUACGAUUAUAGCUCCGGCUACGGCCGCGCAGCUUACUCCAGCCUUUGGAGACCCGAUGGGGCUUGGGAAGGGGCUCCCGGAGAGGAGGGGGCGCACCGGGACUGACGCGAGGUACCCUCCCUCCUAUUAGGAACUGCUGUGGGGAGCCCCCGCUCUGGGUCUCUCCUAAGCCUAAAGAACGAUUGGAAAAUGCACGUGGAGAUGAAACGGGAAUAAAAAAUUCAAUUAAUAAAAGAAACAAGAUAAAGAGAUGAAGAGGACUUGAGGAUUGUUUUAAUCAAAGCCUCAAAUGUUUUUCUGUUUUUUUUUUUUUUAAAUGCCGUUGAUAGGUUCUUACUGGAACAGACGAGCCAAGAAACCAAGACGGGGUUUGGGUAAUAGGGUGGGGAUUGCAGAAGGGGCAAGAGGUGGCUUCUGUAGCCACCUGUCCCCUCUCCAACUUUUCAGCAAAAUGUCAGUGUAUUUAGUGUAAUUGCUCCUUCCAAACAGUGCCCUGGUUCCUCCCCUUCUUUUCCCUUUGAAUGCAUCAUGAAUUAAAGCCUAUAUUGAAAAGAU